GAGAGGAAAGAGUGGGGAACCUGGAGUCAGAGGCCUGCCUGCUCCCCUAGGAACCCCGGAAGGAGCAAGUGUCAAGGGUCAGAUAGAUGCUCAGGGGGCCGGAGAGAUGAAAGGACAAAAGGGUGAAGUUGGCCUUCCUGGUCCGCCUGGUCCUGUGAUGACAGCUCACGGAUUAAGACUGCUCUCUGCAACUGAUGAAAUGAAGGAGGAGAAAAAGGAAAAGGGGGAUCAGGGGGAGAGAGGAGCUCAAGGGCCACAAGGCUUCAAGGGAAACGUCGGUCCACCGGGAUUGAAAGGAGACCAGGGGCCAGAGGGCAAGCAAGGCCUGUCUGGACUCCCAGGACUCCCGGGCGAGGCAGGCUCGUCAGGGGAGUCCGGGGUGUCUGGUAAAGAUGGCCUGAAAGGAGAAAAGGGGGACUCUGGUGCAGUGAUGGGGCUUCCAGGCCCUAAGGGGGAGCCUGGAGGAGGGUAUAUGGGCGAUGGGUUGUCUCUAAGCAGAGGGUCUCGCGGGCCCAAGGGUGAGAGAGGUGUCCCAGGAUUGUCCGGAGAACAUGGAGACAAAGGCGAACCUGGAGAGACUAUCAUAGGUUCACCUGGCCUCAUGGGAUCUUCUGGAAAGCCGGGAAUUGAGGGCCUUCGUGGACUCCAAGGUUUAUCUGGCCUUCCUGGAGUUCCAGGCAGAGAGGGCUCCCCUGGUAGGCCAGGCCCCCCCGGCCCUGCUGGACCCCCAGGUGAACCAACUGCCCUGCCAAUUGUUGGAGACAUGGGAGCAUUACUCAAGAAUGCCUGCAGUGUGUGCCAGACGAGAGUCCCAGGGCUUCCUGGGCAGAAGGGAGAGAAGGGGUCCAACGGAGCGCAUGGAGUAGAAGGCUUGGUGGGAGAAAAGGGGGAUCCUGGUGUAAGAGGUCCCAUGGGUAACCCUGGGAAAGAAGGCCCAAAGGGAGUGAAAGGAGAGAGAGGGUUCGCAGGCCCCACCGGAGAUAAAGGUGAUGAGGGGCUUUCAGGAGCUCCAGGACUUCCUGGAGUGACCGGUCGAACAGGGUCUCAGGGGCUUAUGGGUAGACCUGGGCCAUUGGGGCCACACGGUGGAAAAGGGGAAAGAGGAAAUGACGGAGUCCAGGGCAUGCCAGGGCUUCCAGGGCCACCGGGUGUACCUUAUGUGGAGGGCAAUGGGAUGAGCAGUCUGUACAAGCUGCAGAGCGGUGGAGCUAUGCUGGGACCCCCUGGAGCUCCUGGUGCUCUGGGUCCUAGAGGAGAUGACGGAGUUGCAGGGGAACCAGGGGCCAUGGGAUUACCCGGGCUUGAAGGGCUACCCGGUGCCAAGGGCGAUAUUGGUUUGCCUGGUUCGUCUGGAAUGAUAGGUCCUACAGGGAAGCCCGGCACUGAUGGAGAGCGAGGGAUCCCAGGAGACUCGGGUGAGAGGGGGCCGCUCGGAGAGACAGGAUUCCCAGGGCCCGAGGGACCCCAAGGUGUUCCUGGGAGACCUGGAAAAGAUGGAACUCAUGGAGAAAAGGGAGUUACAGGUACAUCAGGAGACAGAGGAUCCAAAGGAGAGCGUGGUGAUCCCGGUAUUCCUGGAGAAAGAGGGGUUCAAGGCGAGAGGGGGCGCUUAGGAGAUCCUGGCCCGCUUGGACCAUCCGGACAAAAAGGAGAUUCUGGCGCUCCAGGACAAUUUGAGAAUGCUAACCUCUUGGGUGAUCCCGGCUUCAUUCAAGAACUCAAAAUGCUCAUCAGAAACGAAGUAUUAAAGGUCUUUGAAGAGAAGCUAUCGAGCUCUGCCAUGCCACAGAAGACACAUGCGGGGAUCCUGGCUUCACAAAUCCACGGGCCUCCUGGAGCUCCUGGGAAGGACGGAUUGCCCGGAACACCAGGAGAGCCCGGACUUCCUGGUACUCAUGGGUACAGGGGGCAGAAAGGAGAGCGGGGUCAGCUUGGUCUGGGGUUACCAGGAGAUCCAGGAGCCACGGGGCCACCAGGCCCCCCUGUGACCUCUCCUCAGGGCCCUCCUGGCUCUCCGGGGCCCCGUGGACCCCCUGGGAACUGUGACCCAGGUGACUGCCUACUUCCAUCCCUGUGAGCCCAGCGGAGCCGAUUGGAAAACCAACGUCAAACUCCGGACCUACAACUGACCUCUUUUGUUCACGUUACAAACACGUGGGGAUGCAUUCAGGAUUGUUCUUGUUCUUGUUGGGUUCGUUUUAAAUUGGAUAGAAAACCUUUGAGGGUUUUUUUUGUUUCUUUCUGCAAUCCUGUACUUCUUGUUUUCACAUCCCCUACUGUGAUGCAUUCCUUGUCAACUCUCAUUAUGUCUUUCAAGACCAUGAAAUGACUUUGUUUCAUCAGUUCUGUCGGAAAAAAUGAUCUUAAUAAUUAUUUGUUUGCCUCCUUAAUGGGCAUGCCUUUUCACUCUUCUGUUCUUAUUCAGAUAAGCCAAUGUGCUGGCAGAAGGUACAUCUCAAAUGUGUGUGUGUGUGUGUGUGUGUGUGUGUGUGUGUGUGUGUGUGUGUGCGUGUGCGUGCAAGCGAGAAAGAGAUUAGCUGAAUGAAUAAACUUGUUUUAUGUGGAGGUGUGAGAAAAUAACAGAUUUGUGAAGCUCCUUAUGCAACCAAAGUGCAGCAGAUGUGUCGGAUAUGGAAAUUAUUUAUUUCAAGCGUGUUAUUCAAGAAUAUAUUUAAAGAGGGUACUUAUUAUUGUAGUAAAUGUAGCAUGGAUGUUCAGUAAUAGUAUUACUAGAAGGAGGAUUAAUACGUUUCGGAUUACUGAGAGUUGCGUUUGAUGAAAUCAUCACUCAUGACACAUUUGCAUUGUGCACGAUAAUCUUUUUUUUCACUGAAUCUGCAGUUUUAUAAUUGAUAAAGACGUCUUCCUAUUUUCUGUAGGUUACGCGUCGGUACUGAGCGCCAUACCUUUUGCAAAAACCUACAAUUCAUACUUUUACUGACACUACAGUGUUUGUAAGACACAUCCAUCCCUCAAGGGCAGAUUCAAAGAAUGUAAUUUUAAAUGAUUUGUAUGAGUGUGACUUCACAUUCGCCUUAUUGUCUGUUUAAUCUGUAUAUACGUUGAGUGAUUGUGGUUUUGAUUUUGAUUUCUUUCUUCCUUUCUUAUGGGGCUUGUGAUGGGACCUGGCGACCUUGAGAGCCUUGAAAGGCGCCUAUAUAAAAUAAAUGAUUUACCUGAUCAUUUUUACAUAAGCAAGUUGUCAUUGUAGUGACACAUUCAGGUUCUCACUUUGUUAUCAAUGUGUUUGUCUGAGAUGAUAAUUUAACAUUCGCUGUUUACAUGGUGUUGUGUAUGAUGAUUCCUCUGGUUUAUUUGUAUAUUUUUGAUUUGUUCAACCACUCAAAGGAAGUCGGACGACUACACUACAACUUCAGACUUUUUUUUGGUGAAUCAUUUACUCAUAAAUCUACUUGAAGUUUCUCGCUGUUUGUUUUAAAGGGGCCUUAUUAAGCUUUGUGCUGUUAUCCCCUUCCUGUUAUGUGUUAUAUAGGUGUCUGUGCAUGUAAAUGGUCAGCAAAGGCUAAAAUCCCAAAGUUCAUGCCACAUGGAGUUUCUUCGCUCCAUUGGACUCCUUUGUUUACUUCUGUAACAUAAUGACAUCACGAUGUAACACUCGCUCUUCUAUUGGCUAGCGCUUCAAGACAUUGUACGUGAUAUACAUGUCACAGUGAGAUGUUUCCAUGCUUGACAAUGUCUGAGUAGAGGCACACAAUACAAAGUGAACCUGAAAAUUAGCAUAAUAGAGCCCCUUUAAAGACAAAAGUCUACAUCCUGGUCUUUCACUCACUGACCACCACUGUGUCACUAUAAUGUCUGGUUUUGGGGUGUCUUGUGACUGGAGUUUGGAUUUAUUUAUUUACUGUAACAUAAUGUUGUAUUGUUGUUGUAAUGUUACUAGAGAAAAGUUUGAGUUCAACCCUACCUAAACAAGCCUUCUGAGUUUUCUUAUCCAGAAACUCAUUACAACUGCACAUUUGCAGACCUUCAUCAGGACAAAAGUUAAUAAAGCAUUCAAACUUUAACAUUGAACGUCCUGAAAUGUAUUUUACAUUUUCUCAAUCUCUUAUUUUGAGUGCUGUUUAAUGAGAGUUUGACUCAAAGGCUUUACAAAUGUUUAAUGUCCUGCUGUGAUUUAUGUCUGAAAGGUUCUGUGGGUGUAUCUGACAUUUUGUGACGUUGUAAGAACUCUCUUCUUUCUGCGUUUCAUCCUUUAAGAUCUGUUUGAGACUUUUAACUUCAUUUCCAUAUCUUAGACCGUCAUCAAGCUUCUCUUACACAUAUGAAUUAUAACUUGCAUCUUCCUCUGAAGCUGCAGAGCAUUUUUUAAUACUUUUCUCAGCAUGCGGGCUUGGUUUUAUCCCUGCUAAGUUUUAUCAGUGUGAGUUGGUCUAAUUGCAGAUGGGUAAAUCAAAUGUGUGGAGCUGACUUCAUUUGUGAGUUGAAAGAGCCCCCUGCUGGACAUAUAUUUAAUUUUUCAUUGCUUGUAAUGUGGAAGGACAACAUCUAUGGGUUCUACCCUACAUAAAAUCCCCUUCUAUUGGCUUCUGUCUUUUCAUCAUGCUAAUUUUUCUUUUUCAUAUUCUAUUCAAUGGGUUCCCUUAAAAAUAACAACGACCUUGACCAAAUUAAAUGAGGCAGCAACAGCGGGAAUAUGUGAUCUGGACUGUUUUGGUGUACUGAUGAGAGCAACUGAAAUAUUGAAUUUAGCUUGAAUUGACAUUAAUAUGCGUCACUUCUCUGGUGUCAAUUUAGCUUAACAGGGGAAUGAUAACUAGGGAGGACACAACAUGGCCGCUGUUGUCACUGCCCACUUUGCGAGCAAUUUGGAGCCGGCCAUUUUAACAUUGCUCCGAGUUUAAAUCCAUUUAGUGGGAGAUGUCAGAUGAAUGCAAAUUGGACAAAGUGUUUUUCUGUUAAAUCAAAUGUGGUAAUACAUCCAAAAAAAGCUUGUCAAAAUUCACUUGAAAUAAUACAUAUUUCAUUAUUGCUUUCUUUUUGUUUAACAGUAAUGUAAAUUGAUCCUGUUGCCACAUUUAAUCUAAUCUUGUAAAUAAGCUUGUAAUGAGGGGGAAUAUGGAUCAGCCUCUCAGCACGGUCCCUGGGAUUAAAAAUGUCCGCCUGCUGCUCUCACUGUUGCUCCUCUCCGCUCCUCUAUAAGCUCAUGUCGUGUUGUGGGACUUUAAUGUGUGUUCAUUUCGUUGGAUAUCUACCUCAGUCUUGGUUAACCACAUGUCUACAUGAUUAGCGAUGUUGGAGAGAAAGAACAUCACAACACAAACUGUUGCCUUUUACUGAAAGAAGCAAUUGAACCUCAUGUGUGUGUAGAAACAAAGUGGACUUAUAUAUGUGGUGACCAGGUAUCAGAGGUUAUAUUUACACUUUUAUUUGCAGCAUCCUUUAUUUACACUGAUUAAUGGCACCUGCCUUACCUGUGUGCAAUAAAUGUUACUCAG